AUACAAGCAAAAUGUUAAAGCAAAUGCUGGCAUGUUGCAAGGUGUACAUAUCUGAAAGCCGAAAUAGGGCUGCAUUGGAGUCAAUUGAAAGGGCAGCCAAGCUUUUUCCAGAGGCUCCAAUUGUCAACAAAUUUGAAGACGAAACUUAUAAUAGAGUUGGGUACACCCUUGUGUCCAAAUUGGUUCCAUGUUGUACCCUCAAGAGUGUCGUUCUUGAAAUGGUGAAAGCUGCUUUUGAAUCCAUUGACCUUGAAAUGCACAUUGGGACUCAUCCUAGGCUUGGUGUUGUGGACCACAUUUGUUUCCAUCCCUUGGUUGGUGCUUCUUUGGAUGAUGUUGCAGGGACUGCAAAAUCUCUGGCUGCUGAUGUUGGCUCAAGGCUUCAAGGUAGAAUCUUCAUUCUACAUUCCCCCCGAGAACAGAUUUGGUGCAAGCUUGAAUGUGUUCUUCAGGAAGAAGGUUAUAUCGAAGCUGAAUAGCAAGCUGACCACAUCACAAAAGGAAAUGUUUCGAUGCUUGUUUCGGACACUUCUUGCAAAUGAAUGACCUGCGCAUAUGUGUUACAGGCAGCUAUCAACGCUCGGCGCCUCAGGGGUGCAAUCUCAUUAUCACACAUAAACCUAAAAAUAUUCCGGUAAUCGCAUGUAUUACCUGAUCGCUCGGAGAAACCCCUGAAAAUUGAAGCCUUCAAAGAAUCGGUUGAACACAGAUCGAGAAUCUUGGGUGAUUACGGGCUAUUCCCACUACGAUUUUUUUGUUAUAUGUAACGAAGUAAUGUUCAAUGGUAAAUGGGAUUCAUAUUCUGCAGUAUCUCCCAGUUUGAAUUUUUGAAAACCCAUGUAAUUUGCAACCGUCCGUUUUAUUGGCCGUGAUAACGGCAUCUGUGUCUUCAGUUACAAUUCAAUAUUUGGAAGGUCAUGAGGG